UGUGCUUCUCUCCACGCUGCUGGUCACGGCACAGGGAGGAAGACAACCAGGUCUGACUGAAGCCUCCACUCCCGGUGCCAAGCUUCAGUGUCCCAGAGAAGAAAUAUGUCAGAUUUAGCCUGAGAAACUGAUAUUUUUCUAUUAAUGGUUCAUCCAGGAAAGAAGAGAAGAAAAACACUAUUUUCUUCAAAGUGGGAGUCAGCAAAAAACUUCUCAAGAUUCUGUUUUCCACAUUUUACAUCAUAAUGACUAAGUUACGCAAGAAAAAGUUAGCUACCCUUCUAAUCAUGGUGGUCAUGCUGACAACUUUGUUUUAUCAAGUAACUUCUGAGAAUCCCAAAGAAAGAGAAUCGAACCAGGGACCCUUCAGUCCUGAGGACAAUGCCCUAUCCACUAAGGCAAACCAGUCAGGGCAUGAUCUGUCUUGUGAGGCUAGAGGAAAAGAGGCCUUGGAAACUUGCACAAAGAACAAUCAAAUUAUCAUUAUUGUCCUUGUAAUCAUCUUGAUUGUCCUUGUCAUCAUCGUAAUAAUUUUAUUAUGUAUAUAUUCACGUCCCAAUAAAAAAGAGGCUUGGAGCAAAUUAGCGGAGAAUGAGCUCAGAAAAGACAAGGCUCAGAACAAACUAGCAGGCAGUGACAAGAAAAUAGAAGAACUUCAGCAACAACUUGAAAAACUUCAGAAGGAACUUGCUGAGAGGAAGGCUCAAUUUAAGUCGGUUUGGAUGAAGGCGCCAUUAUAUGCUGAUUGGAGAAAAGAAGAGUUUGAAGCUGUACAUGUGACUCUGGAUGCAGGCACUGCCCAUCCUGCCCUCCUGUGUGAAGAUGGGAAACGAGUAACCUGGCGAGAGCCUUGUCAAGAUCUACCCCACUCCACACAGAGAUUCGACUCCCUUCCCUGCGUGCUGGGUCAGCUGGACCUCAGGAUAGGGAGAUCCUUCUGGGAGGUGGAGGUUGGGAAUGCACAUUCCUGGGACCUGGGAAUUUGUAGGGAUAAUGUCACGAGGAAAGGGAGGGUUACUAUGUCUCCACAGAAUGGUUUCUGGGCCAUCAGGCUCUAUGAGGGGGCGUACUGGGCCCUCACUUCCCCAGAAACCCCUCUUAGUCUAAAACAAAGACUCUGUAAAUUGGGGAUAUUCCUGGAUUAUGAGGCUGGAGAUGUAUCUUUCUAUAACAUGACAGAUGGGUCCCACAUAUUCAGCUUUCCCAAGAACACAUUCUAUGGUGCCCUAAAACCUCUUUUCAGGCUUUGGUCGUCUGACUCAGGCUCCCUAACCAUCUGCCGGGUUAAAGAAUAAGAAGAACGUCUGAUGUUUUAAUUGAUAUUCCUAAUUAACUCUCGUAAGAAAGUAUUACUUUGGGCCCCAAUGAUGACACAAACUGAUUUUGUCCUUCUUCUUACUGGUUCAUGUUCAAAAUGAAGCUCUGAGACACUGAUGAUUUCCCUCAUAUCAAUUCCUCCUUCUCCCUUAGUUAGACUCCUCUCAUUAUUGCCUUGUCCUAGGAUAGCCUAAUACAAAUGUUAGAUUUCCUAACCUCCCCUGCUGCAUGUGACCACAUGAUGGCCCCGGAUUGUAAGGUGAAUUAUCCUAUAUGACUCCUGAAAUGUGUCCUUAAGGGAAAUUGUGUCCUUCUGUCCUUUAUUUUUUGCUGGCUAUAAUGUUUCAUCAUGGAUGGAACUCAAAACACAUCUAUGACCAUGUAAAAUGACAUGGAUGAUAGAAAAGACAGAAUGAGCUUGGGUAUUUGACAACAUCAUUGAAAUACUCUAUUGCCCAAUUCCAGAAUUAUUUUCUGUGAGAAAUAAACUUGUAUAUCUUUAAGAUGUUUAUAUGUUGAAUAUUUGUCUCUAGUGAUUGAAUCUGACUGACUGAUGAAUUCUCCCUUGAAGGAUUGUAGCAGAUGACAUCCACAGUUGAAUAUUCAGGUGAACCCUGAGGUGUAAAGUCCUGCUCCCCCAGUGUGUCAGUCUCAUUGGGGCCUCUCACUUUCUCCUGACCCGUCAGCACUCCUGACUUCACUCACUACCCUUU